ACACACACUCACUGGCCGGGCUCGGUCCCUCAGACCCACACACACACACACCUCAUCAUUUUCUACAGCAUCAACUCACACUCACUGCCGGGGGAGGAAACAGGAGCCGGUUUGCAGACGGUUUGAACAACCAUCUGAAGACAGACAGUGGCUGAAGUUAAAUCCUCACGGUGUCUUCUGCUGCUGAAUCUGGAAAAAAGGUUUUCACCAUGACACACCCAAACAUGGACAAGAAAAAGAAGUGGGUGCCGGGCUUCGGAGCUGUGCUGUUGAUAUUCCUGAGUCACGUGAUUUCAGCGCUAGAAGUGCCUCUUGAUCCUAAAGUACUGGAAGGAUUGCCCCAGCCACCCACUAUAACGCUACAGUCCCCAAAGGAUUACAUCUUUGAUCCACGGGAGAACAUUGUCAUCCACUGUGAGGCCAAGGGGAAGCCAAGUCCCAGCUUUUCCUGGACAAGAAAUGGGACCCACUUUGAUGUGGAGAAAGACUCCAAAGUCCUGAUGAAGCCCGGCUCAGGAACUCUGGUCAUUGACAUCAGUGGGGAAAAGGCGGAGGCCUAUGAGGGAACGUACCAGUGUACGGCUCACAAUGAGCAUGGCACCGCUGUAUCCAACAACAUUGUCAUCAGACAGUCCAGGUCCCCCUUGUGGUCGAAGGAAAGAAAUGAAGCCAUCACCGUGCAGAUGGGGGUCUCCCUGGUGCUGCAGUGCCGACCCCCUGCCGGGCUGCCACCUCCUGUCAUCUUCUGGAUGGAUAACAACUUUCAGAAGCUGCCACUGGAUAAACGAGUGUCCCAGGCCCUGAACGGAGACUUGUACUUUUCCAAUGUUCUCCGAGAAGACACAAGGAGUGACUACAUCUGCUAUGCUCGCUUCCCCCACACACAGACCAUCCAGCAGAAACAGCCUAUUUCAGUCACCGUGCUCAAUAACAACCCAGAGGGGGAGCGUCGCCCUGGUUUCAUGUUGCCUCUGGGCCCCACCAGCACCAAGAUGGUUCUGAGAGGAGAGACUCUGGAGCUGGAAUGCAUCGCUGAAGGCUUGCCCACUCCAGAUAUCUCGUGGCAGAAGGAUGGAGGUGAACUGCCGAGCAGCAGGGCGUCCUUCCACAACUUCGAGAAAACACUGAAGAUUUCUGAUGUGAAUGAAGCUGAUGCAGGCAACUACCGCUGUACGGCCACAAACAACCUGGGCACUGCACACCACAUCAUCAAGGUCACUGUCAAAGCGGCUCCUUUCUGGGUUAGCGCACCCAGGAACCUGAUUCUCGCCCCGAAUGAGACUGGCAUCCUGACUUGUCGAGUCAGUGGAGAACCCAAACCGAAGAUUAGCUGGUUUGUCAAUGGAGUCCCAAUAGAGAACGUUCCUGAGGACCACAGCCGCAAAGUGGAGGACGACACUGUGAUUCUCAGCAACGUGCAGUCGGGAUCCAGUGCUGUCUACCAGUGCAAUGCAUCCAACGAGUUUGGCUACCUGAUGGCCAAUGCUUUUGUCAAUGUUCUUGCUGAACCACCAAGGGUGCUGACUCCACCCGAUCGAGUGUACCAGGUCAUCACCAACAACCCUGCACUACUUCACUGUUCCUCCUUUGGCUCACCCAUACCAACCAUCACAUGGUUCAAAGACAGCCAGACCAGCAUUAAGAAUGGUGACCCAUAUGUGAUCCAUGAGAAUGGUACUCUGGAGAUCCAUGUGGCCCAGCCGCUAAACAGCGGAAAGUACACCUGCAUUGCCACCAACAACCUGGGGAUCAAAGAGAACCACGUCUUCCUGGAAGUUAAAGAGCCUACCCGUAUCCUGAAACAGCCAGAGUACAGGGUGGUGCAGAGAGGAAUGAGCGCUGUGUUCGAGUGUAAAGUCAAACAUGACCCUUCCCUCAUUCCCACCAUGACGUGGCUCAAAGACAGCGGAGAACUGCCAGAUGACGAGAGGUUUGAGGUGGACACAGACAGUUUGACCAUCAAAAAUGUGACAGAUGAAGACAGGGGCACCUACACCUGCAUCAUGAACACAACCCUGGACCAGGACUCAGCCAGUGCCAUGCUGACUGUUGUUGAGGCAACUCCCACUCCAGCUAUUGCCUACGAGAAACCCGACCCUCCGAGCGACCUGGAACUGACUGACCAGACAGAGAGGACCGUUCAGCUCACCUGGAUCCCUGGAGAUGAACACAACAGUCCCACACAAAAGUUUUUGGUCCAAUACGAGGAUCUGCUCCACCAGCCAGGAGUUUGGAUCAACCUGACAGAGGCUCCUGGCACUAGCACCACAGCACAGUUAAACCUCUCUCCGUAUGUUUACUACUCUUUCCGAGUGCUGGCUCUGAAUCACGUGGGCUACAGCCACCCCAGCCAGCCCUCACACCAAUACAGGACCAACCCUGCAGCUCCUGAUGAAAAUCCAUCAGAUGUUCAGGGAGUAGGAACAGAGGCUGGCAACUUGGUCAUAUCCUGGACACCACUGACAGGAUUCCAGUCCAAUGGACCUGGGUUGGAGUACAGAGUGCAGUGGAAACGGAAGGACAUAAAGGAUGACUGGUCAUUGCAGAACGUGGCCAAUGUUUCCCAGUUUGUCGUGACUGGAACCCCAACCUUUGUGCCGUACGAAAUUAAAGUUCAAGCUCUGAAUGAUUAUGGCAGUGGACCAGAGCCUGAGGUGGUGAUUGGGUACUCUGGAGAAGACUUGCCUUUGUCUGCUCCGGACAGUGUGCAGAUCAUGGUUCAUAACAGUACGUUAGCAGAAGUACACUGGGAGCCUGUGUCUUUGCCUUCAGUGAGGGGAAAACUACAGGGAUACAAGGUAUACUAUCGUCGUGACCGCGGCUUGCACGAGACAGAGGAGGAGACGGAUCAGCAGGAGCAGGUUUUGACUUUCAGUGGGAACCGUAGCGAGGGCCGUCUGCCAGGCCUCCAGCCUUACAGCCUCUACAGCCUCUUCAUCACGGUCCUUAAUAACAAAGGAGAAGGGCCUCCGAGCCCCAGCAAGACAUUUGAGACACCUGAGGGAGUCCCAGGGCCCCCUUCUUUUCUGAAUGUCCUAAACCCUGGUUUGGACUCUCUCACUCUGGAAUGGGGCCCACCAAUAAAAAACAAUGGACGUCUUACUGGAUACACACUGAAAUACCAACCAGUUAACACCACCAAUGAACUGGGACCAGCCAAGGUCAUGACCUUUCUUGCCAAUGAGACCACCAUUACCCUGGGCAACCUGAACUCCAGCAUGCUGUACAAGUUUUACUUAAGCGCAAAGACAAUCAAGGGCUCUGGCCCCACCAUCACAGAAGAGGCCUUUACAGCCAUGGACACAACUCGUAUUCAGCCCACUGUAGAGGCGGGCAAAGGCCCCACAGAGCCCCCUCACCCAACUUCCCCCAUCACUCAGUCUCUGCAUCCCCCGUUUCACAAGGCGCCUCCUGUAGGCCCUGCGUUUGGCACAGUUAACACGUCUGUAUCAGAGGAUGGUGCAGUGAUCAGUUGGGAAUACUUUGGACACCAUAAGAAUGUAUAUGUGGAAUAUAUUGUAGAAAACAGUAAAGAGGACUGGAAAAAGGAGUUGGUAAACAGUUCACACUCGCAUAUGAUAAAAGGUUUAAAGCCGGGGACGUCCUAUAAGGUGCGUCUGGUAGCUAGAGACCCCGCUGACCCGACAGUCCACAGCACAGACGAAGUGUUGGUUACGGUGCCAGCUGUACCCAGCCGGCAGGUAGACAUUGCCACCCAGGGCUGGUUUAUUGGACUGAUGUGUGCCAUCGCUCUUCUCAUCCUGGUCCUUCUCAUAGUGUGCUUCAUCAAGAGAAACAAAGGUGGCAAAUAUCCUGUGAAAGAGAAAGAAGAUGCUCAUCAAGACCCUGAGAUCCAGCCCAUGAAGGAGGAUGAUGGGACAUUUGGAGAAUACAGGUCUAUGGAGAGUGACACAGAGGACCACAAGCCACUGAAGGGCAGCCGGACACCGUCCAACGGGACGGUGCGCCGUGACGAGAGUGACGACAGCCUGGUGGACUACGGGGAGGGCGGGGAUGGGCAGUUCAAUGAGGACGGCUCCUUCAUUGGCCAGUACAGUGGCAAGAAAGAGAAAGACACACAUGAAGGCAAUGAGAGUUCAGAGGCCCCGUCGCCUGUCAACGCCAUGAACUCGUUUGUCUAACGCAGGGCCAACCACCUGGCUGCAACGGUUCCUGCGGCCACUCCUUGUCACCCUGGCAAAUGUGACCAUCUCUGUGGUGAUAGUUGCUAAGGUGACAGUCGUUGUGAACACCUACUUUUUUGCCAUGGUGGCUGUCACUUCGGUGGCCAUGGCUCCCUGUCACCAAGACUGCUGACACGCCCUCAUCCCCACACCUGCCAGCCCCCUGUCACAGUGUGACCUCCUCUGACCAUCACACACUCAGCAUGGCAAAGACCGACACCACAUCCCCCAUGACCGCUGAAAGAAGGUGUGAAACGAGGGAUGUGAAGACUCCAAGAAAAGGGAGGGAGAGAGGAAGCAAUACAGAAAAGCAGAAGGAAUGUACAAGAAGGAGUAUUACCACUCUGACUGAGCAGGAGUGUGGUCAAGAGUGCAUGUGUGUGUGUGUGUGUGUGUGUGUGCGCGUGUGUGUGUGUGUGUUAGUGCCAUUAAAUAUCCUUUGCAAACAUACUAAACAUGAUGUAUCCAAAUAUAUAUUUCAUGAAAGUGCAGUACAUGACCCGCAGGCAGGCAAAUAUGCAUUGAAUCAAAUUCAUAAACAUCUGCAUGGAGCAAAUCAUGAUUCUGUGAAGCAUUUUACCAUCCUGGUGUCAGCUGUUGCAGAGGUGAGCUGCGUGUUGAGAUUGUAUAUGGUGCACGAGUACUAGCGACUGGGUAUGACUUUUAUUGUUUUGGUUUGUUCAUUAUUUUUCCGUCAGAAAGUGUUAAGUGGCGUAUGAUAUAUAAAGAAAAAAGGGCAGCAGUGUUUUUGUGGACGCUGCUGUGAAAUGUGUGACUCAGUAGAAAAUAGCAUAUGUCUUUUUGAGACAGAUAAACUGUUUGUACAUAUUUAAUAGAAUAAGAAGGAAGCUAUAUUUCAAGGUCAGGGAUGUCCAAUUGUCGUCAUUGGAAACCAGUCUAGAAACACUCUGCGUUCAGUCACUCCUUAUCGCACCAGCCAGGCAGAACUCUUUGUUUUUAGCCUCAUGUUUUCUCAAGCUUUCUCUUAUUGCUUUUCUUUUCCCCCCUGAUCUGUUCCUUUACAAGCCUAUGCUUCUUGUUACCAAGCACUAACUGAAUACAAGUGGAGUUGUGAUUGAUCCAGUGUCAUUGUCAAGCGUUUCCACCCCAAAUCGCGGCCACUGUGCAAGCCUUUGUUUUAGGCGGUCAUGUUAUUGUCAGAAAUAACUCCUACCCCGGCAUUGUCUCUGAUAGCAUUUCCACAUCUGUAUCUGCUAUGUAGGUGGAGAAAAGCUGUUGCAUGUAGAGGUUUACUGAGAGUACACACUGUAGUUUCUGGGUAUUUUAAUUUUAAAUGUUGAUGAUCAAGAACCUCUUAGCAUGGUUUCUAGUGCCUUUGUAGAGAACAGUGACUUAGAUCCAUAGCUACAUGCCUCUUCAUGCACAGGACAGACCUGGGCUCAGUGCAGUUCACAGUCCAUGAAUACAGUACAUACUAAAUACCACCCCACUUUAUUUAAAACAAGAGGCUGUAUGAGUAUUCAAUACUAUAUUUAACAUUCAUGGAAAUAAGCGUCACAAGAUUUUAUUGAUGUUAAAGCCCUUUAUUGUGAGCUAUAAGGUCACUGAGUAUUGUGAAACAUUCGUUUGGGCUUAUUAAUUUAAAAUGGCCUCCUUUAGACUCAUCAUGGGACCCAGGGUUCCUACACAGGGCUGGAAAUGAUUUGAAAAUGGAUUUCAGGAAUUACCUCUUUCACAGUUGUACACUGGCAUUAGUUGUGAGGAAUAAUUUCCAAGUAUAGAUUGUUAUGGCCUUGUUGACAAUCAUGUUAUCCAGCUAGCGUCAGCCCAUUUGGGACACAAACCGACGACCAAAUUAUACCGACUAAGAAUUUAAGACUGAGCGAAUAUGUAGAAUCUUUAAAACGCGUGGGAAGCCUGAGGUCACAGCAUGGACGCCUGAUGAGAUGUCAUCACGUCUCAUGUAUUCAUUUCAAACCUUAUCCUCCUCACCCAUUCAUCUAAUGGAGGAGCUGCUGCUCAGCAGCACUUAACUACUGCCAACCUAUUCACCAGGUAACUGCCAAUGGGAACCGGACUCACUAUCUGGUACAGACUAGAAGGAUGGAACUUACUGUUAGUGGUUGCACUUAAAAAAAGAAGGGGUCGGAAAAUUGUGUAAUGAUACUGAAUGUGGAAACAAGUGUAUCUGUCUAUGUGAAUGAAUAUAUUGCUUGUUUCACUGCAAAUGGUAAACACACUGGUGACUUUGGUUUAUGCAUUUAACCUUAUAUCUGUGUACGUUGUCACGAUCGGAGCGCAGCACUCAGUGAGUUUUAUAUUACUGUAAACGAAUGAAGCUCAUGUGUGAAUGUUUGGGUGCAUGGGCGUGUGUGUGUGUAUGUGUGUGCGUGUGUGUGCAGCACAUGCAUGCUACUAUAAUAAAGCGUGCGUGAUGUAUACUAUCGCUUUCUAUUUCCGUGGAUAACAGUCAAUGAUUCUGAUGUGUCAAGCAGUCUGCUCCUA